AUGGUGAAGGCGGACAUAAAGAAGGAUUACUAUGCCGAUCUAGGCCUUGACCCGAAAGCUGAAGAUGAUGAAAUACGAAAAAAGUACAGGAAGUUAGGUGGGACAUUCCCCCUCCCCACAGCGCCUAUACUACAUUAUCAGGUCGUUACUAAUAAAACUCCACACCGUCUGAUAGCCUUAAAAUUCCAUCCGGAUAGGAAUCCAGGGAAAGAACUCGAAUUUAAUGCCAAAUUUCAGGCCAUCCAAGCUGCAUAUGAAAUCCUUAUAGAUCCCAAAGAGAGAUUAAAAUACGACACGAGCAGGCUCCGGGCCGGAUAUGGUCAAUCUAGGGGAACGCCAACACCUGGUGCGCAGCCGCGAAGACCUAGUGAACCAAAUGGCCAACACCACCCUCAAAGCUUUCCACACCCUGGCUCCUAUCCCGCACCUCCUUCUGCCGGAGCACAGAAAUACACAAGUUACGCGAAAGCAACUUCGCAAAAAUGGGACAAGAUCUACGAGGAUACGCGAACCAGGGCGGAUGCAUUCCGUGGAUUUAAGGAAAUGAAACCGAACGUCAACAUAGGUGGAUGGUCAGGGUUCGAUCCAAGGACAGGCCGAUCAAACCAAUCGGGAUCAACUCCGCGACCCUCUCAGCGCCCUCAAUCCGCAUAUGAGGCAUUUUUCAAUGUCCCAAAGGCAUCUCCGCAACGUGCACAAGCAAAGAAGAGACAAGGAUUUGCUCCCGGAACUCCAGGGGGAGAUGAGCCAAUGGCGCAGAAUACGUCAGCCUACACCAGUUAUAAUAGGGACCGGACUUCUUAUUUUCAGUCUCAAUUUGAGCCCGCGCCUCCCCCGACGGCAAAGAAGUGGCCGCGUCAGGAAGAAUCGACAAAUGAUAAUAAUACCAUUCCAAAUCUCCAGAGAACUAGCAGUAAAUAUGCAACUGCCGGUGGGGAGAAAACAUAUGUGUCGAGUGCGGGAGUCGGGCGAUCUUCUAGUUCUAGGAAUUCGCCUUUUACUGAAUCUGAUUCUCGGCCCCGUACCAACCCGCCAAGUCCGACCUCUCCCCGACCUAAUCGUGGAAGACAUCACAGUGCCAGCCCGAAGCUGAAACCGAACCGCAACCGGACCAUUUCGUCUUCUCCGUCACCAAGCGAUUCGGAGGAGGUUGAUAUAUCGUCCAGACCGAAACGGACUCCACGGAGUAGGAUGUUUGCGAAAACAGACCCUAUGACUAUGGAAACUGAUUCCGCUCCCAGACAGAACCUGCGGGUGCGAUGGCAUUCGGAUACUGACUUUGAGAAACCUCAAGGACACCACCCAAACAACGUGGGAUUUAACCCUCAUGCCUCCCACGGAUAUGCUCCGGCUGCGAAAGACCAUCCACAGCAGGCCCCUACUUCUGCCAAUAACCCACCGAAUCACGCGACUGGAAACCCUUCUGAAAAUUUAAGGAAGUCACAUAAGACUGAGAAUUCCAAUAAUAUGUAUGGCCCAUCUCCUAAGUCUUUCAUUCGCGAGUGGUCAGAAAGAUGGGGUUUCACUUCAUCGACCACCCCCUCUGAUACCCCUGAGCAAUCAUUCCCACUUUGGGCUUAUCCGUCUAGCAUCCUACCCCAGCUUUCUAAACUUCCAAAUUGGAGAAAAGAAGAUCGGGACCAAAGUUUUGGGUUCCCGAUUACAGAUGAGAUAGCGCAUGACGGACCUCAACUUCAGAUGAACCCACUGGAUUCAACCCAGAAUAAGCAGACAAGGAUGAAAGCUGACCCAGUUACAAUUCCCAGUUUUGGCCCGUUUGCAAACAAUAACAUACCUCUCAACGGUAAACCCAAGAGCAGAAGUCAUGAAAGUAUCGACGUUACCUUCUCCGCCGCGGAUUGGAGCGGCAAAUUUCAGCAUGCAACCGAAUUCUUCGCGCCGAAACCUUCUAGAGAGCCUCCCUUUCAACCCAAACCGUCCCGCGCUCGCAGCAAGAGUAUAAGCAGGCCAAAUUCUACGACACAUCCUCGACCCUUCCCACCACCUGGGAGUACGAAUCAGAACCAAAGAGAUGAUUCCAAGAAGUCGUCCCAUUUUACGGAAUCUGGAUUCUCAGUCGACAAAUGGAAGGAGGAAGUUCUGAAAGCCGAUAUUUGGUCUAUUCCCCAUAAUGAACUACCUCCCCAUAAUCCAACCCGACAGAAAAGUCCGCCAAAGCAACCGAAACCAGUCAUGAGGCGGAAGCAAACAAUACCCAAACCAGUCUCGGUCACGACAGAAUCAGAGGAGGCUGAAUCGACGUUAUCUCCUGGAAACACCGAUGAACCCAAAUCAGUUCCUCCUGAAGGUGUUGAAGCAAUGGAUAUUGAUGAGGAGCUCCCGGCGAGCAAACCGCAACGUCAACAUCCUACAGCACCAAAUACAAAAAUAGACACAACAGUCAAACAUCCCACUGCAGGCACAACAAAACCCGCGCCAUCUCCUCCCCUAUCCAACAAUACCCUGAACCUAAAACAUCUCGCCAACGUUGCGCCAUUCACACCAACCAAUAGCACCGGCAUUAACGACCUCAAUGAUCUUAGCAGCACGCUCCCGUUCGAAUCUAGACCAAACGACAGCAGUGGAUCUCGACUAACUAUCCGUCCACAAGACCUCGCACUUCCAAAACCCCCAAGAGUUCCUCCGGCGCCGAAUUUCGUAGCAGCAGACCACCCCCACAAGGCUGAGGUACAGUUAAAGUGGGAACGUUACGUGGCUGAAAUCAACGCAUACAUGCACGACUGGAACGUAUUCAACCGUACCAUGCUCGGUCACUUCAACGCAAGGCAGCAGACGGUCGAGACGGGGCUUGCGCCCAAUUGGGCCAGGGCAGUCGGUGACUCGGCACGGUUACGUAUUAACGACGGGGUUGAUUCAACAGGGAAGAAGGCCAACAAAACGACCGUGGAUAAUGAUGGCGCUGUACAAGAUGGCGAUGAUGACAACGACGCCGACGAUGAGCAGCUGGUUGCUGGGAGCGCCAAGGGGGGGUUUAAUGCAUACAUGCGAGGUGUCAAGGAGGAUUUUGUCGUAAGGCAACAUUGGGAGGUUGCGUGGGAACGCCACUUGACAUGUUUGGAGACGCUGGAUGCGACACGAAGGUUCAUGAGGGGCGGAACCCGGCACCGGCGCAUGUCAGCUGGGGGGGUUGUUGGAUAG